AUGGAUUUCUGUUCUAAUUUAGCCGAUUCUAUACCCGGGGUCGGUCAUGUCAAGGCAAUCAUUCAUUAUGCAACUGGAGAUACUGAAGGUGGGAACAAGGCCAUGUACCAAGCCACCAGGACUGCUGUAGUUUUAGGAGCUGGUGCUACUGCUGGACCUGGAGGAGCUGCAUUAGCUGCUAUGUAUGGUGGUGCCAUUACAGACGGUGUUGCUUCUGUAGCCAUGCGUAAACCUCAAGGAUUGCUCAAAGGGUGUACAAAUAUAGUAAAAGAUCUAAAUGAAGGGAAAAAUCCAACUGGUGCGAUAGGAAGUACAGGAUUACAAGUGGUAUUGGAUGGAGUGAGUGGUAUAGGAAUGAGUGUAGUUCCAAGUGCAGCGAGUCUAGUUUCAAAGAAAGCUGUAGCGAAAGGUGCGGAAAACAUUGCAAUGACUGCAUUCAAGACGACUCAUGUUUUUGCGCGGGCUGAUGUAAUAACUCAAGAAGAAGCAAGAGAAAAACGUGAUAGAGAAGAAACAGAAAGACGUGACAGAGAACGGCGCGAGAGAGAAGAAAGAAAACGGUGUGAGAGAGAAGAAAGAGAACGGCGUGAGAGAGAAGAAAGAGAACGGCGCGAGAGAGAAGAAGAACGGCGUGAGAGAGAAGAAAGAGAACGGCGUGAGAGAGAAGAAAGAGAACGGCGUGAGAGAGAAGAAAGAGAACGGCGCGAGAGAGAAGAAGGAGAACGGCAUGCGAGAGAAGAAAGAGAACGGCUUGCGAGAGAGGAAAGGCAACAACAGGAACGACGUGCUAGAGAACAACAGGAACAACGAGCUAGAGAACAACAGGAACAACGAGCUAGAGAACAACAGGAACAACGCGCUAGAGAACAACAGGAACAUCGAGCUAGAGAACAACAGGAACAACGAGCUAGAGAACAACAGGAACAACGUGCUAGAGAACAACAGGAACAACGUGCUAGAGAACAACUGCAACAACGAGUUAGAGAACAAGUAAAACAAUGUAGUACUCCUAAUAGUAACUCUGGAUCCUCUCAACCACCACAAGAGAAUGAAGAUAAUAAUGACCAUUCUAAAAAGAAUAAACCUGACUACUUUGCUAUUUUCAAGAAUUUAUUGGAAGAAAUAUUGAAUGUUAUCUUCGGUGUCGAAAGACCAUACACAAGAAAUCGCAUUUCCCAGAUUUUUCAAAAACUUUCAAAAGCACAAAAGAAUUAUUUGGCAAAAAUAAUCGAAAGAUUAUAUAAAAGUGGAAAUUUAGUCGAGGUACUAAUAUUAGUAAUUAGAAUAUUUUCAGAACAUUUUCCUGAAGAUAUAUCAUUCACGAAUUUCCUAAGUUUGAUAGAAUUCGUUGCGGUUUAUAUUCAAGAAGAAAUAGACUACCGAACUGAGGUUUUCAGAAUGGGUGAAGAGAUAUCGAGAGAAAAUGAUAGCUCUAUUCCAAAGGAGGAAACUGAGAACCUCAAAGCUGCAAUUGUUUCGAGCAUUAUGAACUUAGCAGAUAUUGUCAGUAGAAUAGUCGACGUAUUUGUGAGACUAAGAUUUGACAUCGAGUCAGAGUUGAUGCCUUUCGAAAUAUCUGAGAUUUUGUUGAUAACUCGUGAUUUAUCUUCGAACUUUCGAGACGUAUUCUCAGCAAUUUAUCAUUACUUUAAACACAGAUGUGUUCCUAAACAUGUUUUAUCGAUUAGAGAGUACUACGACUGGAUACGAAGAGUUCUAGAAGAACUUGGAAGACAUCAAGAUUACAGAAAUUUAUUACAAGAUCGGAGAACUGAAGUCGUAAGAGCAAAUGUAAGGUUCGAGAUGUACGUCCCUAUAUUCGACAGACGGAUUAGGAUUGUUGUUAAAAUUCACCGUGAAUCUGAAAGCUUAAAAAUUGUAUUAGCUUCUUGUUAUAUUCUCGACAACAAGAAUGAUGGUGAUGGGGAAGGAAUGGUAUGGAUAUACAUUCGUCGUUUG